AUGGGCCAUGAACGAGUCAGUAAGAGUAAGCUUACGCUUCGAUCGAGUAACCCAUCGGUCAUGGCGUCUACGUCUUCGUCCGCGGCCGCGGCCGGAGUAGUCGUAGCCGACGCCGCGGCCCCGGAUCCGCUGGUCCACGUCGCCUUCAACCAGCAAGGCACGCACUUCGUGGCGGCCACGGAAACCGGGUUCCACGUCUUCUCCUGCGAGCCGCUCGAGCGCGUCAUGCACCGGUCCGGCCCCACGGUCACCUCGCCCGGCGGCAUGGUGUCCUCCGCCGAGCUGCUCACGCGGUCGCAGCUGGCCGUCGUGACGAGUCGGCCGAACGAAGACGACGCGAUCAACUUCUGGAACGGCAUGUGCAAGGAGGGGAAGGUCGCCUCGGUCACGAGCUCGCACCAUAGAACGGUGGGCGGGAUCCGCCUGCAGGGGGAGUACAUGCUCGUCGCCGGCGAGGAGAAGGCGAGGCUGUACUUCGGCGGCAGCAGGGAGAAGGACGUCCGGCGGCGACGCACACCCGGUAGCGUCGACGUGCGCGCGCACGACUCGGCCGUGGCGUGCAUCGCGCUGUCCCGUGACGGCCGGCUGCUCGCCACCGCCGGCACCCGGGGCACGCUCGUGCGCGUCUUCAGCACCGCCGACGGUUCGAAGCUGCAAGAGCUAAGGAGAGGCACUGACAGAGCGACCAUCCACUGCAUCGCCUUCUCCCCGGACUCUAAAUGGCUGGCCGUCACCAGCGACAAGACGACGGUGCACGUUUUCAGGCUCGCGGACUUGGACCUACCAAGCUCGUCACCGGAGGACGGGGGAGAUUUCGUGCUCCUGCCCGCAUCACCGAUGACAUCUCCUUCUGCAAAACAGGGCUCAUCCCUGUCUUUCCUGAAAGGCUACCUACCGACCUAUUUCAGUUCAGAGUGGUCGUUCGCCCAUUUCAGAGUUCGUAAAGCCACCAAGUACUCCAUCGCCUUUGAUCAGCAAAGCCCCAACACCAUUACCAUCGUAGGCGUCGACACAAGCUUCUACCGGUGCGAGUUCGACCCCGUGAAAGGAGGCGCCAUGCGUGAGCUGAAAUACUACAGGAACUUCAUGCAUGCUGCUACCGAGUAA